GUCUAAGUUUUAGGUCGUUUACCUCUCUCUCUCCCCAAGCAAAUCUCUCUGUGAUUUCUCUCUCUCUCUCUCUCACAAUUCCAUUGUCAUCUGUGAAGAUCACAUUCUCCCAGAUAACCAUUGUUGCACAUUCACCUCCGUCUGAUAAUGGACACAACAUUGGUGCCUCCAUGGCUAGAGCCAUUGCUAACCACUUCCUUCUUCUCCGUCUGCCGGAUUCAUGGAGAUGCGGCAAGAAGCGAAUGCAACAUGUUUUGCUUGGACUGUAACGGCGACGCAUUUUGCUUUUAUUGCCGUUCUUCACGCCACAAGGACCAUCAAGUCCUUCAAAUAAGAAGAUCUUCAUAUCACGAUGUGGUGAGGGUUGCAGAGAUUCAAAAGGUGUUGGACAUAAGCGGAGUUCAGACGUAUGUGAUAAACAGCGCCAGAGUUUUGUUUCUCAAUGAGAGACCUCAGCCGAAAGCUGCAAAGGGGGUUUCCCACAUAUGUGAAAUCUGUGGGAGGAGCCUCUUGGACCCAUUUCGUUUCUGUUCACUUGGUUGUAAGCUUGUAGGAAUAAAGAGAAAUGGGGAUGGAAGCUUUAAGUUAGAGGCUAAGAAUGAAGAACUAUUAAUGGAAAGAAGGGAAGGGAUUAUUCCAAGGAGAUCAGUCUCAUCAAGAGAGGAAGAAGAAUUGCGUGAUGGCGCACAACAAGACAUAUACCCAUCCACGCCUCCCCCACCUCCUUCUAAUGCAAGGAGAAGAAAAGGCAUUCCUCAUAGGGCUCCCUUCGGAUCCUAAUCAAGUGCCCUCUCCACCCUCAGAAAAACAAGUACAUUUAUCCAACCCAACUUUCUCUUGGACAGAUUUGGCUUAAGUGCUGUGGAAAAGGAAAAAGAAAAAAUUACAGAAGAUUUUUUUGUAAUUUUUUCAACGGUUCAUAUUUAAAUUUAUACUCUCGUUUUCAUAAAAUAAACUAUGUAAAAUCUCUUAUAAUUCUUUUUACAUCACCUAAGUUACGACCCACCAUUUGGGGUCUUUGUCCGGAGAAAGUAUUGGGUAGCCUUCGGUGGGGGUUGUCCAAAAGACAAAAAAAGGUGUGCAAGAAAGUUCUCUCUUUGGGAGGGGGGGAGGGGGGGAUGGGACCCAAACAACAAAUUCUCUCUUGUGAAGAAGCAAUAAUGCACAAUUGUUAUUGAUAGUUGCAAGGUGUACCAUGUCAUUAAGAAAUUGAAAGCAAGUCUUUGUGGAGUCCGUUUUAUAGUUUCCCAAUGGCCCACAACCACAUGGGCCGUUUACAUAAAGAAACAACACCUUUUUAUUGUUUAAUACAUGUAAUGGGCAAAUCAACUUUGUAUCAA